AUGGAGACGCACAUUUCGUGCCUCUUCCCGGAAAUUUUGGCCAUGAUUUUCAGUUAUCUGGACGUGAGGGACAAAGGCAGGGUGGCCCAAGUGUGCAUAGCUUGGAGAGAUGCGUCCUACCACAAGUCAGUGUGGAGGGGGGUUGAGGCCAAGUUGCACCUCCGCCGGGCGAAUCCCUCCUUGUUCCCCAGCCUCCAGGCCAGGGGCAUCCGGAGGGUCCAGAUACUGUCGCUACGCCGCAGCCUCAGCUAUGUCAUCCAGGGAAUGCCUAACAUAGAGUCCCUCAAUCUGUCUGGCUGCUACAACCUCACAGAUAACGGGCUGGGUCAUGCUUUCGUCCAGGAGAUCCCGUCGCUGAGGGUCCUGAACCUCAGUCUGUGCAAGCAGAUCACCGACUCCAGCCUGGGCAGGAUUGCCCAGUAUCUGAAGAACCUGGAGGUGCUGGAACUUGGCGGCUGCAGCAACAUCACCAACACUGGGCUUCUCUUGAUCGCGUGGGGCCUCCACAGACUCAAGAGCCUCAAUCUGAGGUCCUGCAGGCAUGUCUCAGAUGUGGGGAUCGGACAUUUGGCCGGCAUGACCCGAAGCGCCGCGGAGGGCUGCCUGAACCUGGAGUACCUGACUCUGCAGGACUGUCAGAAGCUGACGGACCUGUCACUCAAACACAUAUCCAAGGGUCUGGCCAAGCUGCGCGUGCUGAACCUGAGCUUCUGUGGGGGGAUCUCGGACGCCGGGAUGAUCCACCUCUCCCACAUGGGCUCCCUGUGGAGCCUCAACCUGCGCUCCUGCGACAACAUCAGCGACACGGGCACCAUGCACCUCGCCAUGGGCACCCUCAGGCUCUCUGGACUUGACGUCUCUUUCUGUGACAAGAUUGGAGACCAGACUCUGGCGUACAUCGCCCAGGGGCUGUACCAGCUCAAGUCCCUGUCCCUGUGCUCCUGCCACAUCUCUGACGAUGGGAUAAACCGCAUGGUGAGGCAGAUGCACGAGCUGAGGACCCUGAACAUUGGACAGUGCGUGCGCAUCACGGACAAAGGGCUGGAGCUCAUAGCGGACCACCUCACCCAGCUGGUGGGCAUCGACCUGUAUGGAUGUACCAAGAUCACCAAAAGGGGACUGGAGAGGAUCACGCAGCUCCCCUGCCUUAAAGUGUUGAACCUGGGACUCUGGCAGAUGACAGAGAGUGAGAAAGUGAGGUGA